CGGGAGGCGGUGGCGCCCUGGCUGUGCGGCCGGGGCUGGCGGGGGGCAGCGGCGGGGCGCGGGGCGGCGCCGUGCCCGGGUGACGCCGCGCUCCUCUCCCUCUCCGCAGGCGGCGGGGCCAUGCGGCGGCGGGCGGCGGGCCGGGCCGCGGGGCUGGCGGGCUGACGGGCCGGCCGGGCGCUCCGGAGCGGCGGCGGCGGCGGGCGCCCUGCGCCGGUGGGAAACGCCAUGGACGCCUCGGGCCUCGCCCCCCUGGGCAACGUCUCCGGCCUCCUGAACUAUUCGGGGAAGAAUUCGCAGGUCUUGCAGUUUGAGGAUGAGGACUGCCACGUGCCUUUGGCCAUGGUCUUCACUUUGGCCUUGGCUUAUGGGACCGUGAUAAUUCUGGGCGUCUCUGGGAAUCUGGCCUUGAUUGUCAUCAUUUUAAAACAAAAGGAGAUGCGCAAUGUUACCAACAUCCUCAUUGUCAACCUGUCCUUUUCUGAUCUCCUGGUGACCAUCAUGUGUCUUCCCUUUACCUUCGUGUACACGCUAAUGGACCACUGGAUAUUUGGGGAGGCCAUGUGCAAACUGAACCCUUUCGUGCAAUGUGCCUCGAUCACCGUCUCGGUCUUUUCCUUAGUCCUCAUUGCUAUUGAACGCCAUCAGCUGAUCAUCAACCCCCGUGGCUGGAGGCCAAACAACAGGCAUGCCUACAUGGGGAUUGCUGCCAUAUGGAUUUUAGCCACAGCUUCCUCUCUGCCUUUCCUGAUCUACCACGUGUUAACAGAUGAACCCUUCAGAAACAUAACAUUUGAUGAGUAUAAGGACAAAUACGUGUGUCUGGACCUGUUCCCCUUGGACACUGCCAGGCUUUCUUAUACCACAACACUUUUGGUGAUUCAGUAUGUUGGACCGCUUUGUUUUAUAUUUAUUUGCUACUUCAAGAUAUACAUACGAUUAAAAAAAAGGAACAACAUGAUGGACAAGAUGAGGGACAAUAAAUACAGAUCCUCUGAAACCAAAAGGAUCAACAUCAUGCUGAUCUCAAUAGUGGUCGCAUUUGCAGUUUGCUGGCUGCCUCUCACCAUCUUCAACAUCGUGUUUGAUUGGAAUCAUGAAAUCCUGCCUGUCACUACCUGCAGCCACAACCUGUUGUUCCUGAUUUGCCACCUCACUGCCAUGAUCUCUACCUGUGUGAACCCCAUCUUCUAUGGGUUUCUCAAUAAGAACUUCCAAAGGGACCUGCAGUUUUUAUUUCAUUUUUGUAAUUUCCGCACCCGUGAGGAGGAUUAUGAGACUAUAGCCAUGUCCACCAUGCACACAGAUGUUUCAAAAACCUCUUUAAAGCAGGCAAGCCCAGUUGCAUUUACAAAAAUAAAUAGUGAUGAUGAUGAUAAAAUAUAAAGAAGUAAUAAAAAUUCUACACCAAACUGCUGCAAGCGUGAUUGCAGGUGCAGCAUGUCUAGGGACAAGCACAAUUACGUAACAAGUCAAAAUGGGUAAUGUUUUUCUUCUUUUUCCAAGGAACUUUUAUUGUUGUCACCUUGAAAUUGUUUGCUGUGCAGCUUUGCCCCUUUUACUGCUUUAAUGUUCGCAGCAGUUAUAUCUGAAUCUUAUUAUGAGACAUACUUGGACCUGCUACUACCUAUGGUUUUCAUCAGCUGUCUUUUGUUCUGUUUUCUUUGUAUAGUUAUACGCUUUAGCACAAAAAUAUAUUUAUUGAUCUUUUUCAAAGAAGUAGUUUUUAAGAGCAUCUAUCUAAGACCAUUAGAAACAAUAUGAGCCACAGGAAGGCUGUCGCUACAGAGGACACCCAUUCCAGCAUACAAUUAGGACAUUCUGAUUGGAACACUUCUUCUUACUCUUCUUUUUUUUUAAUCUGGCCUUUCAUCAAUGUUAAAACCCUGUAAAAUCAGUGUAGGCAUGCAGAAAAUGGUUCUGUGAAACCUGUAGAAUAUGUUAGACAGGGACAUGCAGUUGUCUCAUUCAUAGAGGCAAUUCAGGCUGUAAUCACUUAGGUUCAAAGACAGGAUUAAGAGAGAAAUUCUGUUUGCAUUUACGAGAAUAAAAGCCUACAGUAAUUCCACAGAGCACAAUAGGAUAACUCUGAUGUUUCACCACAGCGAAUGAAAGCACAAAUAGUCCUUCAGCCCCAGCUGAUUAUAGCUGAUUUUAAUAAUACAGGCUUUAUAAUUUAAAAAACCCAAACCCCAUUUUCAGCUGCCAUCACUGACAUCACAGAGUUAGUGUUGCUGGGAUGAAAUGUACUGUCUAUCUCAAGCCUAUGAACCAUGUAAAUUAUCCUUGAGACCUACGUCCAGAGUCUAAAGGGGGAUGUGAGUGUUCACUGUCUGGAAAAGAUGUAAUUCCAUCCUUGCAGGUGACAGUGAAAAUCAAGUCUGGUAUUAAAUAAGCGUUACCUACCUAAGUCUUUUAAUUCUUUUCAUAAUAAUGCUGAUCUAUAUAAAUUAUGUAUAGCCUCAUAAUAUUCUGUGUUCAGAUGCAACGGUAUAAAUCUGGAUUAUCUCCAAGACAGUGGAUGGUUUAAUCAAGAUUUGCAAAAUUUAGAAGUAGGAUAUGGAUAUAGUUUGGGUGUAAUUGGUAUGUUUAGCUUCCAAACGCAGUUUCCACAGUUGGUUGAAGUGCAGAAAUAUUUGCCAAAUAUACACAAUAGAGGUCUGUGUGUUAUUGCUUAAAAUAUAUAUCCUCUAAUUACACAAAACAUACAUGACUAGAUCCCCAGCUGAGGGGAAUCUGCUGUAAAUGAAACAACAAUAUUAGCCAGCUGAGGUUCUGUGUCAUAUAGUGUACUUUGAUGUAUAAUCAAUGUCUUUUUGAAUAAUAAGCUUUUUAAAAGCCAAUAUAGACCCAAUAUUUUUUUCAGCAAGGUCACUUUAAACCAUUCUGGCAGAGAAAUAAGUCUUGAAAAUGGAUAUAAAUGUAAAUGUAGCAUAAAUGUAAAUUUGACCUGAUACCUUCCUGACUAAAAAGAUCUCAGGAUGUGAUAGUAAAAUUAAUAUGUUCUAAACUGACAUGGAUAAAUGCCUAAGAAAUGAAAGUUAUUUGGUUUGCCAGUAUUUAGAAGUCAAAAAAUGUGCCUUGUGCUAUCUUAUAAAUAGUGUAGAAUAUUAAAACAGCAAUGUGUUCUUGUGCAUUAUAAUUCAAUGUAUUUCUCUACUGGCAGAUAAUCUAAUUAAAAAGGAGGUU